CCCGAGACCUUCCCGCAACCAACCUUCAAGAUUCUUCGCAUACAUGUAGGAAUAUAUCACUUCGUCUUAGCUCAAGUUUCAUCUCUUUAUCACUCAAUCCCAGACGUGAACACACGAGAGCAUACUUUAACGUGAACUCUAAGUAGUAUACGGCAAAUUAUUCAUCUUCAAUGUUUUGGCGCGUAGUUUGGGAAACAGGAGUUGGAAGCUGUUAAUUAUGCCUUCAGAAAACGUCCAAGUUGCGGUAUUAAUUCGUCCUUUGAAUGAAAAAGAACAGAAAGAAGGCUGUAAUUCUAUAGUAGAUGCUAACAGAGGCGAGAUAAAUGUAUAUAACCCGGAGACAGAGAAAAACAAGGGCUUCAAGUUUGACUGCUCGUUCUGGAGCGUUGAAGAAGGCAAAACUAACUUUGUCCCUCGGGAUCAGGCUGUAAAAGAAAUAGGAAAUACUCUGCUAACAUCAGCUUUUAAAGGAUACAAUGGCUGUAUUUUUUCAUAUGGAGCAAGCGAGAGUGGAAAAUCUUGUGCAAUGUUUGGUACGGAUUCUAGUAAGGGCCUUAUACCGUGGGUAUGUGCCGAGCUGUUCUUGAGGGCAGACAAGUAUGAUAGUGACACUUCUUUUAGAGUGGAAAUCAGUUUUCUUGAGAUUCACAAAGAAUUUGUUAAAGAUCUCCUGGGUAAACGACGCAACUGGCAGGAUUCAUUGCGAGUGCGAGAACAUCGUGAGUUGGGAACAUACAUCGACAAACUCACAAAGCACAUCGUUACUGACGCAACAGAAGCAGAAAAUCUCAUCGCAAAGGGAAAGAAAAACAGAUCAGUAUGUUCAAGAUCAUCGACAAACUUAUUCAGCAGUUCGCACACUAUUUUUACCAUCAAGUUCACUCAAGCUCGUUUGGAAGAAGGUAUGCCGUGUGAAAUGAUAAGCACUCUUCAUCUGGUGGAUCUUGCCGGAAGUAAAAGUCCACAUGAUGAGUGUGUGAAUGGUCAUGUAAGCUGUGAUGGAGAUCACCCUUCCACUAGCCAUUGUGACCAGUCGAUUCUAACGCUUGAUCGUGUCAUCUCAACCCUCGCUAGCAAAUCAACUACAGCCAAGAAUCAAAUCGAACCUCCUUACAGAGAAUCAGCCCUAACUUGGAUUCUAAAGGACUGUUUUGGAGGGAAUUGCAAGACCAUGAUGUUAGCUGCGGUCUCCCCCGCAGAUAUCUGUCAUAACGAGACUAUUAGUACACUACGUUAUGCCAACCAGGUCCAAAAGGUCGUCAAUCAUCCUAAUAUCAAUGAGGAUGGUCACGUUAAGCUUAUCAAAGAACUAAAAAUCCAAAUUCAAAAUCUGAAGAGUAUGCUUGAGGAGGGAAAAGGGUCCAACAGCAUGGAGAAACAAAAGGCAGAAAAACAACUGCAGGAAAACCAGGAACUCAUGAAAAGAUUGACGGGAAUCUGGGAAGACAAAUGGAGUAAAACACAGAAAAUGAUUGAGGAGCGCGCUCUGGAGGUAACGGAGUUGGGCUCGGCUCUGAAGUUCGAAACCGAAGAUCCUCACUUUGUCAGUUUAGGUGGUGGACGGCUCAGCAUUGGAGUAACAAUAUGCCCGAUCAAACGAGGUAAAACGGUGAUUGGUGUAUCAACGGACCAAUCAAAACCCGACAUCGAAUUGCGAGGCAAAGGAAUCGAAAGUGAACACUGUGUGGUGGAAUACAAUGGCGACGUGGUCGUACUGCAUCCUAAAGCACCGCUGUGUUCCAUUGAUGGGAUCCCUGUAUACGAAUCAACAAAGCUACCACAAGGUUGCAUGCUGUGUUUGGGAAAGUCCAACUAUUUUCGUUUUAAUCACCCCAAAGAAGCUAAACGAAUACGAGAAGCCAAUCCUGGGAACAGAUUUUCUAUUGUACCGGACAGCUACUUCCCAGAUGUGGAGUUGGCAAUAGAGCAGUACAAGAGAGACAGACAAGAACGCGAUCGAUUGAGACAAGAAAACGCACGUCUUCUAUCACUUGAGAAAGAAUACAAGGACGCUGUGGAACGUAUUGAACACGAGAAGGCACAGUUAGAAGAUGAACGCUGCCAACUGCUCGAACUGGAGAGGCUACAAAGGGAUGCGGCGGCUCAUUUCGAGGAUGAAAUCGCCUCGCAAAUUAAAGAACUCGAAAGACAAAAAGAAGAACUUCGUACUUUUGAAGAAGAAAGAGCGAGGAUUGAUCUAUCAGAGGAAGGCUAUCAAGAGCAGCUCAAAAGACAAGAACACGAAAGACUUGCAAAGGAAGAGAAAAGAAAACGCGCUUAUGAACAGUUAGAACGCAAACGAGCACAACUGGAGCGUAUAGAAGAAGAGGACAGCGAAAGACUUGCUGCUGAGCUGGAAAUCGAAGAAGAGCGGCAAAAGCUCGCUAUCCUAGAGUUGGAUUGCUUAGUUGAGGAAGUGAGCGAAAAUGAAAAACGCCAUGAGAAUAUGAUUCUGCUGGAUGAGGAAAGAGAAAAACUAGAAGAAAUGAAAGAAAGACAGAGUGAAGUAGUGAGACAGUUGGAAGAAGAGUUGAAUGCUCAGAUCACGAUGUUGAAAGAGGAAAGAAGAAGGGAAAACGAUAAAAUAGAAAGUGAAAAGCAACGAAUUCGAAUGCUAGAGCAGCAGCAGCAAAAAGCAUUGGAAUUAAUCAACCUGGAGAGAUUAAGACUAGAAGAGGAGAAACAGGAAGAAAAAAGAAGGAUCGAAACUGAAAGGGAACGGUUGCAGCAAAUCGAGAAAGAACGACUCGAGGCACUGGAAAAAAUUGCUACCGAACAAGCGAAGGAGAAGAGUAUGAUUGAAGUAGAAAAACAACGGCUGGUUGAGCUGGAGAAAAAACAUGCUAAUUCCAUGAAGGAACUCGAAGACUCGAUGAUUUCACAGCAAGAAAAGAUCGAGCGCGAACGUCAGAUAGAAUUUGAAUUUUUCGAGACUGAACAACUUCUUCUAGAAGAACUAGAACAGAAACAGAGAGAAGCUGCCGAACAACUCGAACGAGAAAGACAAAUCAUGCAGGAUACCCUCGAGAAAGAAAGAGAAGAAGAACGAAAAAAGAUUGAACUAGAACGCAACAGACUCCACGAAAUACAACAACAACAGCAAGAAGCUCUGCAACAAGCAGAAGAAGAACGAGCAAGGUUGAACUCUCAGUUGAAAGGUCAGAGAGAGUUGAUGCAGAAAGAAAAAAAGAGACUGUUAAAGCUACAGCAUGAUUGUAAACAAAUACGUAACAAAGGAGUCAAUAGUGGGGGAUCCGAACUUAUGUUAGCUCUAACAAACCGAAAUAUGGCUCAACUACCCAAGGAUUGCACUCCGGAGGAGAAAAAGAAGCUGUUGUUGGAAGAAAAAAGAAGGCUCCUUGAAUUGAAAAAAGAAGCUGAAGCACUAAUGCUGAAGUCAAGGAAAGAAAAUGGAGAGAGAUCCAGUAUGUCUUCAUCUUCUUCGGGAGAGGACUUCGAGAGCGCUUCUGUCAAGAGUACUGACAGCUCGCUCAGAAGUAUCGAUAGCCAACCAAUCGUUGAGGAGUUAGAGAAAGAACGACAAAAAAGAAGACAGUUAGAAACAUUGCUAGAAGAAGAACGAGUCAAGAAAGCCAAUGGGGAUGUCCCUGUAAAUGAUAAGGUGAAGGAGUUGGAAAAAGCACUGGAUAUAGAGCGAAUCAGACGACAAGAAAUGGAAAAGGCGUUACGGGAAAAACAGAAACAAGAUGAAUUGGAUCGGUUAGCUGCAGAAGAAAGAUCUCGCAAAGAGAUGAUGACAGAGAGAGCAAUCCAGGAACGACUUCCUGUACAGGUCAAAUCUCAAGUAAAAGAUACUCUGAACCUGGCCCAACACAUCGUAUCUAUCGGACACAUCCUAGAAAACUGCCCUUCAGUUAAAGUGUCAACCACAACUUGCAAAGGCUACCUCUCCAAAAUGGGUGGAAAGGUCCGCAAAACCUGGAAAAAGCGAUGGUUUAUAUUUGAUCGGCAAAGAAAAGCCCUGAUGUACUUCCACGAUGAACACAAAAAAGAACCCAAAGGAAUCAUUUAUUUCCAAGCGAUUGAGGACGUUUAUGCGGCUAGUUGGUGCUCCAAUAAGGGGCCUUCACCACGAACUACCUUCUGUAUCAAGACACCCCAACGUUCUUACUAUGUCGCUGCUCCCAGCGGUUUAGCGAUGAGUAUCUGGAUUGACGUCAUUCUGACGGGCAGAGAGGGAGGGUUUUAUGAUUACCAGUGAAAUAUUUAUUUAUAGCUGAAUAAUAUAAUAAUAAUAUAAUAUUAUCUUAAUUGUUACUAAGAUCUUUCACUUUCAAUGAACUUUCGCACAGUAUUUUAAUUUUCUCGGAUUUUCUUUAAAACUAAUAGGACUUUGGCAUGAUGGCGUCAUUUGACUCCCACUACCAAGAUGCUUCGCGAAUUUUCUUUCUUGUUUGAAUUUAUAUUCCCUCAUGAGAAUAGCAAGAUAAUUGGUGCUAAUUAACUGAACAAAGUGUGCAAGGGAGUCUUGUAGUAGAGGUCAAUGACGCCAUCGUGCAAACGUCCCAUUGAAAUCAAAAGUCGAGGUAUACUAUUCGCUUAUAGAAAUUCCAUUAUACAGUAAUUCCGUUCAGUGACCACGAAUAAUAGUUUCAAGUCGAGGUUGGAGUUGCCGCACAUGAUAAAAAGUAUAUUAUUGGUGAUCACUGAACCGAACUUUAAAAUGGAGUAUUUACCCUACAAAAAGUUGAGGACGUGCAGUUCCAGUACUUUUACUACUAUCGUGAACACUAAUAUAUGCCAAAUAUGACUAUCCAUUAUAAGGAACACUGAGUUCAAAUGAACAUUGCCCACCACCGUUGAUUAUCAGUAUCACCUGACUAUUUCAUUAGCGUGUACAUCCUGACUAACAAGUAUUCCAUGACAAGCAACAAAAUCUUUGAGACUAUCACCCUCUUAUAGAUAUUUCAAUAGAACUUUUAAGUGUGACGUCACUUGUUUGGAAAAAAAACUGCUUCCGGGUCCAAAAUGUAAAAAAAAAAUAGUUGUAUAAAGGUUUUUCAUACUUUUUCUUCAUGUUCUUCAUGACAGGAUUUGAUGUCCAAAGUCCAGUCAAUUUCAGCUAGAGGUUAAAUCGGUAAGGACAUGUUUCGCUUGUGAACAGUUGAAACGGAAAAUACGUCAAAAGGGAACAAGUCAAAGCUAAAAGACAACCAAAUUGCAUUGUGGGAUAAAACUAUAAAUAUAAACAUCAUUCAUAUUUUGGAAUAGGGAAGAGUCAAAAAUUGACCAAAUUCAGACGGGAGGUGAUGUUAUUUCACACUAUACUCUACGACCCAUAAUUCAUUUUUGGCAAGUCUCUYUUUCUUUCUUGCUUCCCUAUCAUCCGACGACUUUUUUUGGAAUAGGACUGAACUUCAUUCUUUACGGCGUACAAAUGUUUUCUAUGAUCAUCCAUAUUUUUUAAAUACAUACAUAUAUAUUAAAAACAARAAACAAAAAAAACGUCAAGAUGGAGAUCUGAGACAAAGUAACACGCUUGAAUUGUAAUAUAGGCGCUGACAGAAAUACGUGGUUUCCAUUUAGAUUGGAAUGUGGAACAUGAUCUUUAAGUUAGAAUUGUCCUUUUUUCGUAGUUAUCCAGAAAACAUAAAAGCACAGAAAAUCUCAGACUUCUCACGGACGUUUUUUUUUUUUUUUGAUAGGUGUAUAUUAACAUUGGCUAUGAUACACAUGUAAGAAUUGAAACAACUCUAAAAACGAGCCACAAAUUCGUGUAAUGUAAUUUGAUCGAUAUUUAUACUGAUGGUGACAUUGUACAUUCAAGUUAUUUGAUAGAAAAAAAAUUAUAUGCGAAAAAAAAUUCUUUAAUUCAUUGGCAACCUGACUAUGUUGACAAGAUUUGCAAAUUUAUUUUUGGGUCUUCGUCAUGGGAAAAUUUCUUUUCAUUCUGUACAUGAGACAUGUUCGGAUGUCUAGAGUUAGCUGACAUUCCAUUAUCGUUUGGCUAACAUUGCAAACUUCUUCAGCUGUACUAGUUCUCUGUGCAUUAUACAGGCACCCCUACGUCUGUAGCGGCGUCUUAUUGAUCAUGUUAAAUAAAGAAUAUUUCCCAAUCAAAA